UCAAAAUCAUAUGUAAUUUGACAGUGAUUAACCUAUUUACAAACAAACCAGGAAAACGAUAAAUUCUAAGCAGAGCACGAUUGUCACUGUAAAAUGUCAUCGCAAGAAGAAGACAACGACAAUGAAGAAAUCGAGAACGGUCACAUAUCCCAAUCGUCGUUCUCCGACUAUUCGGAAGACAUAACUUCCGACGAGGAAGGCAACGACGUAACCACAGUUGAUGGCACGUUCGACACCGACCUCCCCGUUGCUCACAGAUAUCUGGGCCGAUUGAACAACACGUCCAAAUACACGGUGUACGAUGACGGCGAAAUGUUGGACAUAUUGGCCAUACACACUAACACCCUGGUCUUUCCAGGUUUCACCCUACCUUUGGUCAUGAACAACCACUACGAGAACAAUGUUCUUAAUACAUACAUCAAAACCAGCAACUCCAUUGCGUUGAUCGCCGCCAAUGCUGCAUAUUCAAAAAUCUACACCCAUGGCACAAUCCUGGACAUAUUCGAGUACCAACACAAGAGUGGCAUACUCAAUUUAAAAGCCCGAGGUCGACAGCGUUUCCAAUUGGUUCCAGGCUCUGAGAUCAAGAAUUUGGCGGGACGUUUACAGAUGGUCACGGUGAAGGCUUUGGGCGAAAGGAGAACGGACUCGCCUCUUAUAGACACCCAGUUGCUGACGCUCAAAUCUAAACGGCCCUACACCGCCAGGGAGUACAAGGAUUUCAGCAAAUUGGCGAAAUUCAGACGUUACCAUGCUGCUCAGUACCCCUUUCCAACAUUCGUUUUGGAUAGUUAUGAAGUGUGUGUGUAUGUGAAGCAACUGCUUGAAGGCCUUUCGAAUUACAGCAGCGAGUACCUACCCAAAGAUCCAGAACAGUUGUCAUAUUGGUUCCCCCAAAACUACCAGCUGCAGCACGACGAACGUCUGCACUUCCUCAGUAUAAGCUCGACGUUGGAGCGACUAAAACUAGCCGUGCGCCUACUUAGACAACCAAGGAAGAUAUGCUGCGAAAACUGUGGCGUGGAACUGUCGGACCCCACAAAGGUGUUCGCCAUGUCCAAGGACGGGGUGCAGAGCAACUACGUGAAUCCCAGCGGCCACGUCUACGAAACGGUCACGGUGUCCGAGGCCAAGAACUUCAAACUAGUGGGCAACCCCUCAAAACAAUUUUCCUGGUUCCCUGGAUACUCGUGGACCAUAAUGCAGUGCAGACAGUGCAACAAGCACCUGGGCUGGAGGUUCACCAGUUCGCACCUCAAGCCAUCCAUCUUCUACGGUCUGGCCAACAGCGGGUUCAAGAUUGUCGUAAAUCUGGUGCCGCAGUCGAGUCUCGAUUGGAACGAUUGGGUGCCCCACAGAAGGCUGACUUUCACCCAGGGUUACUACCACUGAGGUGCCUAUAUCGACUGGAAACUUGGGUUCAUCUGUAGAGGAAGCAGUGGAGGAAGGACGACGUUUUGUUCUUUACGUUUUGUAUUUGUUUAGACGUGCAAAAAAGCGUUCGUUUUUUAUUUGUAAAUUAUUUAUGUCCCGCAUUAAUCACGCUUAUGUAUUUACCUUUAGAUAAUGGAAUUUAAUAUAUACUAAGGAAAAUCAUGAAUGUUCUUGUAAAUGGUAAAUUCCAGAAUGUUGCCUAAAAGCGUUUUGAUGCAAAUUAGGAAUUAUUGUUGUGUUACUCUAUUAUUUACUAAAAAACUUGUUUAAUUUUAUUAUUCCGCAAUAUUUUAUUUAAUUCUUGCUUUAUUCUAUACUUGGUUUUUGUAUCAAAUGUUUUAUUAUAAAAUGCAAUAGUUUUUGUGAUAUACACCGUUAAAAUAAUUUUUUAAAACAACAUUUAAGCAAUUUUUAUACUAAUUAAACUUAGGGAAAUUUAAAAAAUACGACUUAAAGUUAAAAGAUUUUAAUUUAAUUUAAAUGAAAGCUUCUGUAGAUAUCAAUGUUUUAUAUUUGAAAAACAUAUAGUAUAGUUAGAAAAUAAACCAUUACAUUGUGAUAAAAUUUGCACUGAAAUCAUGUACAGUGUGUGGCAAGUAAAUCUUUGUAAUAAUUAUAUUCUGCAAUAAUUAUUACUAGACAUAUAUUUACUAGAGUAUAUUCUAGUACGUCUAUAUUAUGUAAUGUAAACAAACGAAAGAAUAAUAAAUUAAUAAAAACAAGAA